AUGGCAUCGACGGCGAAGGAUGGAUCGGGGCGCUUUGGCGAUAUGAGGGAUUACAUGGCCAAAACGUUAUUCCAACCGCACCGAGCCCGGGACGCCAUCUGGGACGCCCAUCAGGGCAAGAUCCCUACCCUGCUGAGAUACUACGCCGGGCUGGCCUCCGUCCCGAUCACCCGCUGGCUAGCCCCCAUGGGAUUUGACUAUGUCUGGAUCGAUUGGGAACAUAGCGCCAUGAAUAUUGAGACCAUGACAACCAUGGUAAACGAAGCAGUUUUCCUCAGCAACGGCCGCACGAUCCCUUGGGUACGCGUACCCGGCCAUGAUCAUGCCACCAUGGCGUAUGCCCUCGAUGCAGGCGCAUCCAUCGUGGUGCCGCAAGUUGACAAGGUGGAACAGGCCAAAGAGGCCCGCGGAGCUGUAAAGUUUGGCCGAAAGAAUGGCGGGCACCGCUCUGCGCCGCCUUUCCGCUACGUGCCUGGGCUAACGGACGUGCCGCUCGAUAAGGACCACCCGUUGUGGAAUCACUCGAGGGUAUUCAGAAUCUCGACGCGCCUGACAGAAGUGCCCGAGAUCGACGCUGUCUGGCUUGGCACCAUUGAUGCCCGCGUCAGCAUGGGCUUGCCGGGUGGCCAUGGCAUCGUGGGGACAGAAUCCGAGUGGCUUGAGGCUGUUGAGCUGUUCCACAAGACCAUGCGCAAGCAUGACAAGCCUUACUCGGGCUUCUGCCUGGCCAAGGGUGAUGCGUUCUUGAAGAAAAAGAGCUACAUGUCCAUGUGCAUUGUGGCCGGAGACACGCUCAAGCUGAGUGAGAUGAUGGGACACUUGGCGGAGAGAAGAGCCGAGAUAGCUCAGACGCAAAACGAUUCCAAGUAA